GUAGUGGAACCACGUGUCUGCAUCCGCCGGGGCUGUGCUCUGCUCUUGAUCUUGAUCUUGAUCUUGAUCUGUUGCAUCUUCCCUGAAUGCAAGUAGAGAGCCGGAAAGCUGCAGUUAACCUGCCAGUGACAACAUUAUCGUGAUGAGUUUUAUUGAAUAUGGAGACAUGAUAAAAGAAGGGGACACGGCAAUUGUCUUCUUGGGACACGAAUCAAUGUUUCCAGUGAAGGUGCAACAUGGUGGUAAAACUCAGACUAAGUAUGGUGUUAUUAGACACUCCACUGACCUCAUUGGAAAGCAGUACGGCUCCAAGGUGACCUGCAGCAAAGGAGGCUGGGUGUACAUCCUUCAUCCGACCCCAGAGCUGUGGACUCUGAAUCUACGCCACAGAACUCAAAUCCUAUAUUCAACUGAUAUCUCUUUAAUCACCAUGAUGCUUGAGCUGAAACCAGGGAGUAUAGUGUGUGAAUCAGGAACUGGAAGUGGUUCUCUCUCUCAUGCCAUCAUCAGGACAAUUGCCCCAACAGGGCAUCUGUAUACAGUGGAGUUCCAUCAACAGAGAGCUGAAAAAGCCAUAGAGGAGUUUGAAGAACACAGAGUGGGGCAUUUGGUGACUGUCAAGACCCAGGAUGUCUGCAAAAAUGGCUUUGGCGUCACCAACGUUGCAGAUGCGGUGUUUCUGGACAUUCCAUCCCCAUGGGAAGCUAUAGGCCAUGCCAAAUUAGCAUUAAAACAUGAAGGUGGACGCAUAUGCUCCUUUUCCCCUUGCAUCGAGCAAGUUCAAAGGACCUGUUUGGCUUUGGAGGAACAUGGCUUUACUGAAAUUAGUACUUCGGAGAUCCUGCUCAGAGUGUACAACGUUCGAACAAUUAGUUUGCCAAUGCCUGAUCUUGGAAAAACAGCUAAGGAUAAUUCCAACACUGGAGUUGAUGGAGGCAACCUAUCAAAUGAAGAUGCCUCGUAUCCAAGUCUUCAGCAGGGAACUAUACAAUUUAAGAGUGGUGUGCCGCUUAGGGAAAUGGUGGGUCACACAGGCUAUUUGACCUUUGCUACUAAAAGCCUAUUUUAAAUACAGGCUAGAGAGGUUUUCUGCUGCCUGCCCUCUGAAUAUAGUUUUCCCAGCUCUUUGCUUCCUGGCAAUUCCAUAUAUAGUCAGAUUGAUAUUUCAUUUAAAUAGCUAUGCAGGAGCACUAACCAGAUCAGCCUUGGCAAUAGGCUGUUGUUCUGAAACAGUGCUCGGCUAGUUGUCAGGUAGGAAGAUGGAUUAACAGCUGAUAGGUGCAGUUUGGAAUUUACAAAGUAAAAGUCACAGGAAUGAGAACACACACACACACACACACACACACACACAUAUAUAUAUAUAUAUAUAUAUGGCUUUGUUUUGCUUCCUGACAUUUUUCCCCUCCAAGAGGGUAUGCCAUGAGGAUUUUUUUUUCAUGCCUGAAUAUUUGCUUUUGAAAUAUAUUGUAUUAAUUAAAAAAAAAUAUAUGAAAGAGGCCUAGUGUGGCUUUCAACUAAGGCUGCUAGAAACCACAUCAUGCCAAGUAAACACGUUUUUUAUUCUUAUCCAAAAGUGCUUCAGAGUGCACAGGGAGAUACACAAGGCUCUUCUUGCUAGUUCCUUAAACCAAAUGCAUCUUUUUCUGGGAACACACAACUGCAUUCUGCAUUUGAACCCAACCCCAUGGAAAGACAAAGCUGCUUUCAGUAAUUGUCAAAGGGGCUACGACGUGUGCAUCCCAAGCACUCCAAAGUACCUGUUGACUUUUGAAUCCAGUGUGGUACAGCCCUGAUACAUGAAGGCGCUGGCUUUGCCCCUCACUAGUGAAGAAAAGGAAUAAAGCAUGGAUUCAUUAGAGUCUUUCUGUAUAGAAAUAUGCUGAAAUUGCUAAAGGUACAAUUUAUCAGGCCACAGGUAUUACCUGCGAUUACAUGGGGACAUUCUCUAGAUCAGUGUUUCUGACUUACUGGCUGUGGAAUUCUGGGAGUUGAAGUCCACACAUCUGAAAGCUGCCAAGGUUGAGAAACACCGCUCUAGAUAUAGAGCAUACCUUUACAUCUAACGUGCACACACAGCUCAUGAGUGCAAUCAGUUUCCUUAUUUGCUUCACUGGGUGGGUAUCAUUCGGAUACACUAUUUCACUUUUGUAGAUGUGCGUCCUUCCAUUGGAAUGAAUGGAGAAGCCCUUUAGAGUGAAGCAACCCUGUAGCUCGAUCCAUCCAGGGAGUGGUUUGAUUUAACGUAGUGCAUGAGCCCAUUCAAGACAUGACUUGUUCAGGAAGUUCUAAUCUGGCUUAUCAUAGCUGCGUGAGCCCGGUCGGUGUGUGUAUUGAGUGCUAUCAUGUCAAAGUCAGGCUGAAGAAUCCUGUUGACAUCCAUGGUAAGCUUGGAGUGCUUCGUUUUAGGUCAGUGUUGUCCAAACCUGGCCACUUUAAGAUGAGUGGACUUCACCUCCAAGAA